AUGUUUGUGCAAUGGGUAAUGAAAUGUGUCAAAACAGUGAACUACUCCAUAGUAGUUAAUGGACAGAUUUCUCAAAGUUUUGAAGCAGCUAAAGGAUUGAGACAAGGAUAUCCAAUGUCUCCUUUCUUGUUUUCUAUAGCUAUGGAGUAUCUUAGUAGGCUUCUUAAGGGGCUUAAUGAUGAUAAACAAUUCAAGUAUCAUCCUAGGUGCUCUAAACUUGAUAUCACUCACUUAUGUUUUGUAGAUGAUCUAUUAUUGUUUGCUAGAGGAGAUCUGGAAUCUGUUAAAGCUAUCCAACUGUGUUUCUCUCAAUUUUCUCAAGCCUUUGGGUUACAAGCUAAUCUAAAUAAAAGCUCAAUAUACUGUGGAGGGGUUCAGAUGGAAGUGAAGCAACAAAUUUUUCAACAACUAGGAUAUAACAUGGAGGAACUUCCUUUCAAAUAUUUGGGAGUGCCAUUAUCAACCAAGAAGAUGUCAGUGAUGCAAUGGUAUCCUCUCAUUGAGAAAAUAAUGGCAAGAAUCAACUCUUGGACAGCUAAGAAACUAUCUUAUGCAGCUAAGAUAAUCAAGUUAAUUAAGAGUUUGUGUAGAAGUUAUCUAUGGUUAGGAGUAGGGCAUGCCAAUAAGAAAGCUCUAAUAGCAUGGGAGAGAGUUUGCAGUCCGAAAAAUGAAGGAGAGCAGAAUGAAUGGCAGAAGAGAGAUCAAGCAAGUUGGAUGAUCAGGAAAAUAAUGAAUGCUAAACAAACAGUUGAUCAGAUUCAACCAAAGAAGGGAAAAGGGAUGAUCAAACAAAUCUAUGGUUAUCUGAGAGGGGAGAAAACUAAGCCUGAAUGGAGAUGUAUAAUGUUUCAAAAUGCAGCCAGGCCAAAAGCUACCUUUACACUAUGGAUUUUGUUGAAUAGGAAGCUAGCAACAGUGGAUAGACUUGCUAAAUGGGGAAUUACACUUGAUAAAACAUGUGUUCUGUGUAAAAAUGUGGAUGAAAGUCUAGAUCAUAUGUUCCUUCAAUGUCACUAUGCUGGAGAGGUUAAGGAGAGACUGCUACAAUGGAUUGGCAAUCACAAUAACAGGCAAAGGACAUGGGCACAAUUUAUACAUUGGAGCAUUCAAAUGGGAAAGGGAAGUCUACAAGAGCACAACUUUUCAAGAUGA